AGUCCAAAAUUUCGAAGCGAGAUCUCUCAGACAAGUUUUGGACGGAUUAUUUCUGAGAGAGAACUAAGCAAAGUGAUUCUGUCCCCACUUGAAAAUAUUCUGUCCCCACUGGUCUCCCUCCCACCAUCGUUCCCCUUCCGACUCGCUCUCUGCACUGAUAGCUCUGCACAGCCCGCACAGGGAGAACGACAGAGAGAGAAAGAGAGAGGGAGUAGAAAACCCUGCAAGCUCCGUUUCCAUGGCGCGCUUAUCGAAGAAAGCAUACAACAACGGCAAUGGCUUCGGAGACCACGAGGCCGUGUACGAUGACGUCUUCAGAGGUCCGCCCAAGUUCGGACUCCCCACUCUCUCUCCUCGCGUCGAGGACUACGCCGAGAUUUUCGGCGGCUUCCACGCCUCUCGCGCUUCAUCCAUCCCCAUUCUCGACCUUCCGGCUCUCGACCACGAAGCCAAUUUUUCCUUCGAGGAAAGCUCCCAUUUCGACUAUUCGCAAGUCUUCAGCGCUUCCAACGCUUGCGAUUUCGCCGUCACAUUCGAACAAUUGUUCAACCAGUCGAACAAGAAUUCCUGUGACGAAGCUUGGACUCCAGCUCAGAGCGAAUCUUUGUCAGAUGAGUCAGACCCUUCUGCUGGUUCAGAAAGGAGUCGGAGCUUGUCAAAUGGAGAAUCUCACCAGUCAUGUGAUGGCAUUAAGCAUUUCAAUAUUUUAUAUAAUAAGGCUAGUCAAGGAAGCAAGGAAGAUAUCUCAACUGGGAUGGCCCUCAGAACUCAACUGCUUGCUGUUCCUGGUUUCACUUGCGUAUUUAAUGGGAACCCUCUUUCGCAAAAGAAGGGGGAUAGGGAUACGCCAUUUCUGGUAACUGAUGUUCUCAACCCAAGUGUGGAUUUUAGUGGGAGAACGAGAGAGGGAAAGCAGUUCAGGAAAACCGUGUCACACCAGGCAACCAGUAGUUUUGGCACAAUGACCUGUAGAACUGAUCUGAAACCUGUUGGACAUGGAAGAAGUGCUUCUUGUAUGGAUGGGGCAUUUGUAACUGUAACUGAUAUCAGCCUAAGAACUCAGCCGUCUCAGUUGCCACCACCCCUGAGGCCGCCUCCUGUUAUAGCUGUGAAAGAUGGAGAUUUGGAUACACAGAAUGUGAAGUUCAAAGCUUCUAAAAGUUUUUCUUUAGGAGAGACGGCAGGCGACAGCUCCCCACCUUUCCUUGAUGUGGAGGUAGAUGCAAGUUCAUCUGCUGCAGUCUCUGCUGCAGCUAUGAAAGAUGCCAUGGAAAAUGCAGAAGCAAAGCUAAAAAGUGUGAAAGAACUAGCGGAGAGAAAGAAGGAAGGUCUUCAAAGCCGUACAAAGCAGGGAUUGCACAAUGACGCAAAAUAUAGGAAGGAAAAACCAAGCAGGGAAAUUGAUGUGUCCAACUGUUUUAACGAAGACAGAACGCUUGGAACUUUUCAAAGAGAUUGCAGUGGAAUGAAAACUUUUUCUGGAGAUGAAAGGAAGGAACUAAUGACGAUGACACUGGUAGAUUCGGAUUCAACUAAAGAGGAAGGACAUAAAAAUUUGGCAACAAUUUCUGCAGAUAAAAAGCAUGGGAAAGAUAAUUUAUCUCAAGUAUGUAAUGAAAGCGAAGCAUCUGUGGCAUGGGGACAAGCACAUAAUUACCAAUUAGUUGAAACAGAUAAAUGCAGAAAUAACUUUGACCCGGCAGAGGAUUAUAGGGUAUCAAUGCAAAAUGCACCUUUUCAUGAGCCCAGGCAAGAGAAAAAAGAAACUGCCGCACUUCAGGAGCAAGAAGAUGACAAUACACAAAUAAGAGCUGAUAGGGAGGCUCUUGAAUUGGAUAAUGGGAAGGAGGAGAGAUCAAAGGCAACUAAAGAGUCAAGCAGGCAAGAGAAGCAGGGGACAAACGUCAAUAUGCAUGAAGAGGGUUGUGAACAGGAAGAAAAAGGGAAGCAAAGCGUUGCCCAACCUAAGAUUCCAGUUGAAGCUGAUAAAAGUGAAGUGUGUGAAAACCUUGCACAAGUGAAGCAUAAUGAGCAUGGAGUGAAAGUUGAAAGGAAACUGAAAGAGGCUACCGAAAAAAUUGAAGAUGACGAAACACAAAAGGACUGCUGUGAAAGGGAAGAAAAUGAAAGGAGAUUAAAAGAAACUCUUGAGAGGGAAAGAUAUGAGAAAGGACUCAAAGAGGCCACUACUGAACGGGCAGAAAUUGAGAAAAGACUGAAGGAAGCUCUAGACCAAGAAGAGAGGGAGAAGCAGCAAGGAGAGGCUUGUGAAAGCAAAAAUAAAGAAAAGAGACAAAAAGAGGCUCAUGAAAGAGAGGAGAAUGAGAAGAGAUCUAAUGAAUCUCUUGAGCAGGAAGAGAACAAGAAGAGAUUUAAAGAGGCUCUGGAGCGGGAAGAUACUGCAAAGAAACUGAAACUGGCUCUCAAGGAGGAAGAGAAUGAGAAACAGCUAAAACUGGCCCAUGAAAGGGAUGAAAAUGAGGAGAGGCUUCUAGACGAUCAUAAGCGGCAAGAGAUUGAAAAGAAACUGAAAGUUGCCUAUCAGCAGGGAGGAGAUGGGGAAAAACAAAAAGAGGCUCAGGAAAGGGAGGAGAAAAGUAAGGAGAGACUACCUGUGGCUUAUAAAAGGGAAGAGAAUGAAAAGAGACUUACAGAGGCCUGGGGACAAGAUGAAAAUGAGAGAAGAUUGCAAGAAGUUUGUGGAAGAGAAGAAAGUGAGAAGAGAUUAAAAGAGGAUCUCGAGCAUGAAGAAAUUGAUAAAAGACCUGAAGGGGCUAAUGACUGUGAAGAAACACAGAAGGGAAUUGAAGUUGCAGGUUAUUUGGAAGAAUUUAAGGGAUGCAGCAACGAUCAUGAGCAACAUGUAAAGGAUGAAAAUGGAAGAAGACUAAUUUCUAACCAAGGAACUUUUGUGAAUGCCAAGUUGGAGACUUUGAAGGCUUCUAAUGUGGCAGUUGAAGUGGUGAAUGUCCUGACUGAAGAGCAAUCAAACUCUUCUGGUCUGGCUGAAGAUGACCCACAACAUGAAAAGAGCCAAACCAGAAAGAAAUACUCGAUGGAGUCACUUCAUCUACAUGAUAGUGUGAAGUCUGUUGAAGCUGGCAUUGACAGUAAACAAAUACAGAUAGACAGCGAUGAGAAAACUUCUGGAAUCGCCUCUAAUAAUGGUAAGCCACAUGUGCUCAGUAAUCAACUAGGAGAGAGGGGGCCCAAUGUUGAAGAAGUGGAAGUGACGUUUGAGAUGGAAGAAACCGAAGAUAAAUUCAUGUCAUCACAAGUUGCAACUGAGUUGGUUGAAAAUGGGAGGAAAAUGAGAGCUGAUCAGACAGCUGUGUUGGAGGAAAAAAUAAAUGCACAACGCAUUCCUCAGAAGGCUAGCACAAGCCAAUACAUCAAAAGGAAAGGAAAGAGUCUUAACAACAUCCUCGCACCUGAAAAGAGAGAAAAACAAGAUAGCAUGAAAAGAGAGCUGGAAAAGGACUGUCAAAGAAAGAUAGAGGAAGAGAGGGAAAGAGAGAGGGAAAGAGAAAAGGACCGGAUGGCUGUUGAUAGAGCCGGCCCUGAAGCUCGUGAAAGUGCAUUUGUUGAAGCCCGUGAAAGGGCAGAAAGGGCUAUUUUGGAGAGGGCAACUUCUGAAGUACGACAAAGAGUUAUGGCGGAGGCCCGAGAAAGGCUAGAGAAGGCACAUGCAGAGGCUAGAGAGAGAUCAUUAGCAGAAAAAGCAUCUGUGGAGGCCAGGCUCAGGGCAGAGCGUGCUGCAGUUGAGAGAGUAACCGCAGAGGCUCGAGAGCGAGCUUUUCAAAAAGCCAUGAAUGAGAAGGCUACUUUUGAGGCACGAGAACGCAUUGGAAGAUCAGUUGCUGAUAAGGCCUCUGCUUCUUGCAAUAAUGGUGGAAUUAGACAAAACACUUCGUUUUCUGAUCUGCAGGAUAUGCAAUGCCAGGGAGUAGGAUUUUCCAGAAAUUCAUAUUCAUCUUCCUCAGUCCAUUGUGGAUUUGAAGGUGAAUCAGCUCAGAGGUGUAAAGCUAGGUUAGAGAGGCAUCAAAGAACUGCUGAGCGUGCAGCGAAAGCUCUAGCAGAGAAGAACAUGCGGGAUCUUCUUGCUCUAAAAGAGCAAGCAGAGAAAAACAGAUUGGCUGAAGCUCUUGAUGUUGAAGUGAAGAGAUGGUCGAGUGGAAAAGAAGGGAACCUUCGUGCAUUGCUUUCAACAUUGCAAUAUAUCCUUGGGCCUGAUAGUGGUUGGCAGCCAAUUCCCUUGACAGAAGUGAUAACUUCUGCAGCUGUUAAGAAAGCUUACAGGAAAGCAACUCUAUGUGUUCAUCCUGACAAAUUGCAACAACGAGGUGCUAGUAUACAGAAAAAGUACAUAUGCGAAAAGGUUUUUGACCUUCUGAAGGAAGCUUGGCACAAAUUUAACUCGGAGGAGCGGUAGUUCGGCCUUUGGUGCUCUCCCAAAGGGUGCAAAGUUGUGGGUGCAAAUACUCGACCAAAAAAAGUUACUUCAGCGAAGCGAGCCCUGCAAACAAAUUUGUUUGGUACGAGACCCCAUUUUCCAUCUCAUGGUAUUUAACUGCCGAGUCAAGUUUUAUCCCACUGUCUUAGUCUUGUGUGGAAUUUAACUUCUCCAACUGAAACCAAUUGUUUCCAGUUUCUUUAAGUUAUAGCAUGCUUCUUCCCCCAACCUUUUACCAGGCUGAAAACAAUAACUGGUUUUAAUUCUCAUGUGCAAUUUAGUUGGC